AUGCAGAAUUCUAAUGCCAGACUCGAAACAGAUUAAUAGAAAAACAAUAUUAAUGGAAGUGUUUUAAAAGAUGAGGGAUAACCUAAGACUGACAAAGAUAUAUUAAAUUUAAGAAAUUAAAAUAAUAAUAAAAAAAACACUUUUUUCUCUUCAGUACCAUAACAAAAUAGUUUUAUUUAAUUUGAUGACAAAGGAGAUUUUAAUGAUGAUAAAGAAACUGUAGUUGAUAUCUCUUUCAUCUCUUAGUCUUCUAAUAAAUAGCAAUUUGCAAAUAAAAUUUAAGGAUUAUAGCUAGCACAGUUCAACAAAAAUACAUAAUCUGCAUCUACAAACAAAAUAGAAAUUUUAAAUAACACAGAUAUAUCACUCUUGAAUAAAUUUAGUCCAAAAUAAAAUCAAAUUUAUAUUUAAGAUAAAAAUAAAGAUAAAUUCGUAGAAUAAAGCUUUUCAAAUUAAAAUACUGAUGCUUCUAAAAAUUCUAGUGUAAAAAGAGACGACAGAUCAGAAAAUACUUAAAAAAUAUCUUCAACUGAAGUGUAUAGUAUUCCAGGUCCUAAAAAUAUAAACUCUUCAUAGUAUCAAUAUGUUUAGCCAAAUUAGCUGAAAUCCUUAAACUAGAUUUAAAUGAGCUAAUAGCAAGCAUCACUUAAUGUAAAUGAUCAGCAAGUGAACAAUAACAUAUUAAACUAAAUUGCUAAACAAUAUAAAAACAACUUUAUAUAAUAGAAUUAACCCGUAGAUAAUAAGCAAAUUAAUCACAUUAAUAAACAAAAUUAUCAAAAGUUUACUCUGUUAGAUUCAUAAUUAAACAUGUAUCCUACAUUAGAUAAAUUAGUUGGAGAUGAUACGAUAGAAAAUUUAGAUGAUCCUUAAUUUUAAAAAAUAUUCCGGUUGAAUAUCAUAAAAAUAUUUUCAGAGCUAGAUCUCAAAGAAACAUAAAAAUAAAAAUUAUUAAAAGAUUAGUAUUGUAUUCAUAAAACUGAAUAUUAUGAAGUUGAUUUAAAAGUGGCAGUUGCUAAAAAUUAAAAAGGAAAUAAAAAUAUUAUAGCUUAUAGCUUUAUCAUCAAAAACAAAACUUUAAGUGAUAUAAAAGAGGUUUCUAUUUCACUUCACAAUAAUCCAAAAAACUGUGAUGUUGAGUUUGAUAGGGCUCAAAUUUAAGUGAAAGAAAGAAGCUAAGAGACUAUAAAAAUGAAUGUGACUUCUUUGGGCUAUCCUCUUUUUCCUAUCAAGUGCUCUUUUUUGAUUGGCAAUUACGUUCCUAUAAAACACUUUGAAGUAUAUCACAAUAUAUUGCAGUAUGUCUCAUAAACUUUAGAUAUUUAGGAUUUAAUUAAGUGGAAUCCAAAAUAUGAAUAAUUAAAACUUGAUGACUGUAAUCCUAACUUGUUUUUGCAAAAGUCAUUUCUCGAAGAUUUUUACUAUAAAAAGCUCAAAGAAGAGAACAAUUCUAGAGUAGGUUUUUUCUAAAUUAUUCUCCCCUUGAAAAGAGAACUUAAAAUAAGUGGAGUGAAUAUUUUAAGGUUUAAAAUUAUUUUGAAAGUAGAAAAUGGAAUCACAAUAGGUGUUUCUGAUUUCUAUAAGGAUUACUAUAGCAAUUUUAAAGAAAACAACUUAAAAUUAAUUUAAGAUUAGAUUCUUUUAGCUCUUGCCUAUACAUUCAGCUCUAAUUAAUCAUUUUUAAAAUUAGAAUAAUAGAUUCAGGCGAAUAACAACUUACAUUUUUGA